UAGCUGGGCUGUGGGUGGUGAUGGAUCUGAAGCAAAGCCAUUCCGUGAGGCUGAAUGAUGGACACGUCAUGCCGAUGCUGGGAUUUGGCACUUGUGCUCCUGAUCAUACCCCGAAGAGCAAGGCUGGUGAAGCCACUGAAGUGGCUAUUGAUGCAGGCUUCCGUCACAUUGAUGCGGCGUUCUUCUACCAAAACGAGGAGGAGGUCGGAAAGGCCAUUUGAGAGAAGAUUGCUGACAGCACUGUGAAGAGAGAGGACAUUUUCUACACCACUAAGCUUUGGACAACUUUCUUUAGACCAGAAUUAGUUCACCCAGCCCUGGAAAGGUCACUGAAGAAACUUCAACUGGACUAUGUCGAUCUCUUCAUUAUCCACAAUCCAUUGGCUAUGAAGCCUGGGGAGGAAUUGCUGCCUAAGGAUGCCGGUGGAAACAUUAUUUUUGAUACUGUGGAUCUUCGUGACACAUGGGAGGCACUGGAGAAGUGCAAAGAUGCAGGUUUAACCAAGUCCAUCGGGGUGUCCAAUUUCAAUCACAAACUGCUGGAACUCAUCCUCAACAAGCCAGGGCUCAAGUACAAGCCCACCUGCUACCAGGUGGAAUGUCACCCUUACCUCAACCAGAGCAAACUCCUGGAGUUCUGCAAGUCCAAGGAUGUUGUUCUAGUUGCCUACAGUGCCCUGGCAUCUCACAGAGACCCAAACUGGAUGGACCCAGAUAGCCCAUAUCUCUUAGAGGAGCCAACCUUGAAAUCCGUUGCCAAGAAAUACAAUAGAAGCCCAGGCCAGGUUGCCCUGUGCUACCAGCUGCAGCGGGGGGUGGUGGUCCUGGCCAAGAGCUUCUCUGAGAAGAGAAUCAAAGAGAACUUCCAGGUUUUUGACUUUGAGUUGACUCCAGAGGACAUGAAAGCCACUGAUGGCCUCAACAGAAAUUUCCGAUAUGCUAAGUUACAAUUACUUUGAUAUCUGAAGGUGGAAACCAUCCCUUUUGCCUCUGGAGCUGGAGUGAUGUUCACAGAAGGCAAAGCAGCUGGGCCUGAAUGGGGCUAAGCUCUGGGAGCCAUGGGUGUCUCCACGGAAACAGAGCAGGACACCCGGAGGGACCACCCAAGACCUUGGGUCCAUGUGUGAGGCCAGCAGAUCCUCAGCUGGCAUUUGACAAGGAGGAUCAAGGUUGCAACAGCCUAAAGAAGUUCAAUUUCAAGAAAACAGGUAACUUUUCUUUCUUCUUACUCAUCUGAAUUUGUGGAUUGAAAAUUAUGUGCACCAUAUAGAGGAGUUUUCUAACUAUCAAAGCACCAACAGUGGAGUUAUUUG